ACAGAGACCUGCAGGAUGGAUUUUCUCCGGCUUCGUCUCCCUGGGCUGCAUCAGGCUUUGAGGGGAGCACUGGAUUCCUUCAGUGCGUUUGUUUCCUACCUCAUAGGAGACACAGUCCCCACAGUAGAGAGGCAGACACAGGCAGCUGAGGAACUGGGGGAGGUGACUGAGGGGAAGGUUGUAGGAGAGGAAGCCCGGGAGGUACUGGAGGGACUUAGAAGUGGCCAGAGCGAAGGGGUAGGAGCACCUGAAGAGACUAUAAGAUGCCAAGAAGGAAGUUUAGCUGGUGAACAGACCUGGGGGUGGAGAGCAGAUAGCUCCGCAAGGCCCCAAGCAGAAAGACAGGACACUGGGUCCUGGAAGGCAGCUGAGGAUGCCAGGGGCCAGGAGCCAAGUGUCCCACUGAAGCCUGAGGCAGAACCUGGGACUCAAAGAGUCAGGAGCAGUAAUACAACCCAGGAGAUCUGGGAAAAUGGUGAGGAGGAAGCAAGCAGUGGGGAGCGGCUGAGACCCUGUGAACAGAAAGAAGAAAAGGAGGAGGUGGUCAGAGCAGCAGAGCCAGUGAUGGCCAGGGGGGUGGAGUCACAGCCAACCUGGCACAGCGAGCCUGGGGGGAAUGCUGGCACUGAGGGGCAGAAUGUGACAGAGGACAGCAAAGAGAUAGACUGGGUGGCCAAAGACAUGGUUGCAGAAGUCGAGUGGCUUAGUGCCAAAGGGGCUGACAAGGAAGAGGAGAGGAUGGUCCCAAUGAGGGAUGACCAAAGUGCAAGGGCACAGGGGACACAAUGCCCCGGGGCCGAGUCUGAGGACCAGGCCAUGUUGAGUAGAGAGGCCUGGACAGUACCAGACAUGGAGGGGGAUGAUAGCCUAGGAAUUCAGGAAGCAGAAUACAGGUCAGACCCAGGAGACAACAUCCCAGAAGCUACUGGGAGAGUCUGGGUCCUAGAAGAGGCUGACAAGGGAGACCAGCAGGAUGAGGUCGACGAGAAGGGAGAGGCUGAAGUUAGGUUUCCGAUCCAGACCGUGGAGGCUGAGAGAACCGGAGAGAUGACUGAAGACCAGAUAGCUGAAAAGGGGGCUAUGGGAGACCAGGAGACAGGGGACAGCUUUGAAGAUGAGGAGAGGCAAGACUUAGCCAUCAGGGAUAAUGGAGUGAGUCUGGAAGAGGGGGUACAGGCAGAAGAAUCCUCCAGGGAGAAAAGGAACUCCUGGCCCACAGAGCCUAUGCUAGUCCUAGACACAGAGGCUAAAGAUGAACCUGACUGGGAAGACCCUCCAGAAGUCAGCACUGAGGAGUUGUUUAUGGGAGAGAGGAGUGAGGCAGCCCAGAUGACACCAGAGGUAUUGAGAGUAAAGGUGGCUGAAGGACAGGACCCCGAGCAGGUGAGAGGUCUCCAGGCUUUAACUAAACAACUUGAGGAAGGACAGAAGGGUCAGGAAGAGACUAGUGGAGCUCCAGAUCUGAGCCCAGAGUGGGUGCUAAGCUUGAAGGAAUAUCCUGGGCCUGUGGGGUCUGCAGGUCCUGAGCUAGAAGCCUGGGGAAACUGGAGUAGGGGUGUGGACCGUAGAAAUAGCCAGGAGGUAAAAGCAGAUGCUGAGGCAGGCAAGGAGCAGACUGCAGCCGAGCAGGCAGUGGAGAUCCAGGCUGAAGGAGGCCAGGAGGCCCAACAGCCAGAGGUCUUCGGGUCAGGAGGAGAGGAGGAGCUGACUGCCACAGCACUUAACCCAGAGCUGGAGGGAAGCCAAGGAACAGAGGCGGGGACAGAACAGUCAGUGGAGGAAUCCAAGUCCACAGAAAACGAGGCUGCUGAGGAGGAGGCUGUCGUGCCUUGGGAGGCAGAUGGAACUUGCAGAAAGAGGAGGCUGGAGGAGGUGACUCUGAGCCUGCAAGACAGUGAGGACACACAGACCAGUUAUUUGGCUGAUGAGAUUAUUGUGGGUAUCAGGGCCGUGGAUACCGAGGACGGGCCAAAAUGGGAAGCUGGGUUGGCUCCAGAAACAGAGCUUGGGAAAGCCUGGUAUUUCGAGGGCAGAGGGGAGGCUGGGAGAGGCACCGAGCUGGAGGAGGCUACGGAGAAGCAAAGUGGAAAGGAAGUUGGCUUGGAGGGCUCAGCAGAGGAGACGGUGUCUGGCUAUGACAUCCAAGAAAUUGAUGGGACUGAAGAGGGGGAGCAGGCAGAGAUGGAGACAUCUGUAAUGGCAGAAGACAUAAGGGGGGCGGAUGAUGUGACUUUAGGCUCCCAGGCAGAGAGUGCAGAGGGGUCCGUAACCCCCAUGGAGACUGAGGGGCUCCUAAAAGAUCAGAUGCUGUUGGAUGAAGAGGCUGGGGGAGGGCAGUCGCGAGAGCGGAAGGUCCACAACUCAGAGGGCGAGAUCCAAACGCUACAGGAGGAGGAGGAUGCCACAUGCGAAGCACAGAGCACAGAGAUCCAGGAGACCUAUCCUGGUCUGGAUGACUCUUCAGGCCAGCAGGGGCAGCAGACACACCAAAUCCCCACAGUAACUGUGCCUGGGCCCUCGGAAUCGGCUGAGGCUACAGCAGGUGCCCCAGGGGAUGUUCACAGCAACUGGAAUGAGGCCCUGCUCCCUGGGUCCCUCCUGGAUGUCUCUGUCCCUCGGAGUCGUGUGCUCCUCUCUCGAAGUUCCUCACGGCGGCGCUCGAGGCCCUCUUUCCAUCGAAUCUCUGUUCCUGAGCCACAGUGUGACCCUCCCAGCCCCCAACCACAGGAGGAGCAACCGGUCCCUGAGCAGUCCUCUCUUCAGCUAGUGGAAACUCCAGAGCUAAGUGCCACAAAGCCCGAGGGGACUCCAGUGCCAGCCAGAAGAAAAGUGCUGGGCCGUGGGUUUGGCUUCGCUCAUCCUGGCAUGAUGCAGGAGCUGCAAGCCCGAUUGAGCCAGCCAAAGCCACAGUGACACGGCCUAGAGCCCUAGUGAAAGAGGCCUCCCAAAGGAGGGUCCGAAGGCUCUUCUGGAUCCUGGUUACUCUUGAGUCCCUCAGCCACUGGAAUACAUCUUUUUCACCCUCUGGGCCUCAGCAAAACUGGAUAUUUAUGAAGACCUUGAAUCUAAGGAGUCUGAUUAAGCCAGUGAGGGAUCCGCUCCACUGGCAUCGAUCAUGGAUUCCUUUCCUGGUCCUCUUUCUCAUCUGUCUCAGCUACUCGGAAGGCUAUAAGGAAGACUGGGCUGGGGAGACUACUUUCCCCUAAAUUUCCCCAGUAUGAUCACCCGCCGCCCAAUUACACAUCAUGAUGAAGCCCCACAGAGAGCCGUGUAAGAUAGUCCACCUCUGGGGUGGAAGCCAGCCCAAAGGGAAGAGGUUCAAGGGGUCGAGCGAGGGACACCACUUGGAGUCCACGGCCACAGAUCAGUUACUUUGAGUUUACAAAAUGACGGCUCGGUAUCACAGCUCUGAAGGUUACUGUGCUAAACCUCCAUGCCAGAGUUGGGGAACGUUGCCCAGGAACUCCAAGCAUAUAGGAGUAGAGAGGGGUUCUGGGUGGCUGGAAGUUUCUCCCUCCCCCAACUCCUUCCCAAACCGUCCUGUUCUUUGGGUGUCAGACCUUCCUGUGAAAAGACAUGGACACACAAGCUAGGCUGGAUGGCUUUAUUAGGCCCCCAGCAUGGUGGCCUAACUCAAGAGUGAAACAAUAAAUAAACCAUUUCCUAAAAAUAAAUAAAUAUCCAAGAAAUAAAUAUCUGGUAAGGACUG